AUGUUGGCCGGCGCGCAGGUGGCUUUCAAGUGGUUGCUUCAGUGGGGGCCAACAUUAAUUGCUGGAGCAGCAAUAGCCCUUCUCGGGAACUUUUUGCUAAAGAAGCAAUAUCGAAACCAGAGGUUUGCGUCCCAGAUUGGGACCGCUGCCCAUGGUGAUAUCGAUACAGAAAGAAAAGAGGACAACCUUAAGCGCUUUACCUUAGAUGAACUGCACAAAUGUAGAGGGGGACCCAGCAACGAUUUACUUGUUGGAAUCCAAGGCCUCGUGUACAACGUAGGGGCAAAUGAAGCUGGCCGUAUGUUCUAUGGUCCUGGAGGAAGCUACCAUAUCUUCGCUGGACGGGAUGCGACGGUGGCUCUUGCAAAGAUGGCUUUAGAAGAGGGCAUGCUCAACAGCCUGAGCUUGUGUGAUUUGCCAUUUGCACAGCCACCGGCCAAAUGGGUUCUCUUAUCUAAUGAAGAAAGAAACUGUAUUCGUCAGUGGGCUAGACGGUGCUGUUCAAAGUAUCCUCUGGUUGGGGUCAUUGACUUUGGCCAGGGUGAAAAUGAAGCUGCUUCGAAGUGGCGGGAACAGAUUGCCAAACUCUGA